AUGGAAGACGUAUCGGAUUCGGCUUUGGAGAAGCUCCGCGGUUUGGAGAGUUCCGAACCAGAGAGCAGCGAGAGUCUAUUGCCCGGCGACAUCGCCUUGUUGAGUGAGAGGUCGACACCAAUACCAGCAGACCUCCCGAAAUGGUACCAUCGCAGUAGGCCUCGCUUCUGGGGCUUCGACUCCAAGAAGGAUGAUUUCGAAAUCCGACCACCGGCAAGGUCAAGUCUGGCUAAGAAGAGGAGGAGAAGGAGGCGUUUACGGAUAUGCUUGAUCAUUGCCGUCGUCUUGCUCUUCCUUGGGUCCGCGGCUGGAGUUACAUAUGUCUCUCUUGUGGGUGCACUGAUACGUCGGCUCUCACCUGCCCGUCCACACAAUGGAUUACAGCAUGUCCUCGAAAACUGGAAAGAGCCGACUGCUGCGGGACCCUACCGAUUUGACUGGAGAGAUGACUUCAGCCGCGAUGUAGUUCCGAAAAACUGCCACUCGCACAACGACUACUGGCGUGACGUUCCCUUGUACCAGGCAUUAGCUGCUGGUUGCGUUGGCGUCGAAGCGGACAUAUGGCUGAUGCAAGAUGGCGAGCUGCGCGUCUCGCAUACCUGGAGAUCUAUCAGGACUGAACGCACCCUCCGAAAUCUGUACCUGGAUCCUCUGGCCAAUAUCCUGACGAAUCGAAAUGUGUCCGUUGCAUCCACGGAAGCGAAGGAAGUUGGCGUAUUCGAGGUGGAUCCCAACAUAUCAGUCAUUCUCCUGAUCGACUUCAAGGACAAUGGAGAGGCGAUUUGGCCGGUUCUAAUGGAGCAACUGCAACCCCUUCACGAAAAGGGCUGGCUCACAUACUACAAUGGACAGGAGGUCGUCAAAGGGCCCCUCACCAUCGUAGGAACCGGGGAGACUCCCUUCGAGCGCAUCCAGCAAAACAACACCGACCGCAUCAUCUUCUACGACGCCCCGCUGGACGACAUCUCCAACCCCAUCUACACUUCCGCAAACUCGUACUACGCCAGCGUGAAAAUGCGUAAGGCCAUCAGCACUCUCUGGCUCAACCGGAUCUCAAGAGCCCAGCAAGAGACGCUGCAGCGUCAGAUCAACGCCGCCGCUGCUAAGGGUCUGGUCUCGAGGUAUUGGGGCACGCCGUCCUGGCCGAUUUCGCUCAGGACGAAGAUAUGGUUUACGUUGAGCGAGAUGGGGGUGGGGAUUCUGAAUGUGGACGAAUUGGAUGGGGCGACGAGGUGGGAUUGGAACUGGUGUGUUGUUGCUGGGCUUAGCCUUUGUGGGAAUAGGUAA